GAGGUCUGAGGGAGGGAAGGACUUACCAGGCAUAUAUUACUCUUACCUCAGCAGGCUAGUGCAAUCAGUCUGGUACUGGAAUUGGUGGUUCGCAAGUCGGCGUUUUUGUACUUUUUGUAUAUAAGAAUUUCAAUAUCCUAAGCUUCUAACCAUGUGUGACGAGGAAGUUGCUGCACUUGUAGUUGACAAUGGGUCUGGAAUGUGCAAAGCUGGGUUUGCAGGCGAUGAUGCACCCCGAGCAGUAUUUCCAUCAAUUGUUGGGCGACCUAGACAUCAGGGAGUUAUGGUAGGCAUGGGUCAGAAGGACAGCUAUGUGGGUGAUGAGGCCCAGUCAAAGAGAGGCAUUCUUACCUUAAAGUACCCUAUUGAGCAUGGUAUUGUGACCAACUGGGAUGACAUGGAAAAGAUCUGGCACCACACCUUUUACAAUGAACUUCGAGUAGCCCCUGAAGAGCAUCCGGUCUUGUUGACUGAGGCUCCUCUUAACCCUAAAGCAAAUAGAGAAAAGAUGACCCAGAUUAUGUUUGAGACAUUCAACACACCCGCAAUGUAUGUAGCUAUUCAGGCUGUCCUAUCUCUAUAUGCAUCUGGCAGAACUACUGGUAUCGUGCUGGAUUCUGGUGAUGGUGUUUCUCACACUGUACCUAUUUAUGAAGGUUAUGCUCUGCCCCAUGCCAUUCUGCGUCUGGAUUUGGCUGGCCGUGAUUUGACGGACUACCUCAUGAAAAUUCUGACUGAGCGUGGCUACAGUUUCACAACCACUGCGGAGCGAGAAAUUGUCCGUGACAUCAAGGAGAAGCUGUGUUAUGUUGCUCUUGAUUUUGAGCAGGAGAUGGCCACUGCAGCCUCCUCAAGCUCACUGGAGAAGUCUUAUGAACUUCCUGAUGGUCAGGUGAUCACCAUCGGUAAUGAGAGGUUCCGUUGUCCAGAAGCGCUGUUCCAGCCUUCCUUCUUGGGAAUGGAAGCUUGUGGCAUUCAUGAGACCACGUACAACUCCAUUAUGAAGUGUGAUGUGGACAUUCGUAAGGAUUUGUAUGCUAACACGGUUCUCUCCGGUGGUACCACCAUGUACCCAGGCAUUGCUGACAGGAUGCAGAAGGAAAUCACUGCCCUUGCACCUUCCACAAUGAAAAUUAAAAUUAUUGCUCCUCCAGAGAGGAAAUACUCCGUUUGGAUUGGAGGUUCUAUCCUUGCUUCUCUCUCAACCUUCCAGCAGAUGUGGAUUUCUAAGCAGGAAUAUGAUGAAUCUGGGCCUUCCAUUGUCCACAGGAAAUGCUUUUAAAUGUUCAACGUACCUUAAUUAUUUUUCAAUCACGAAGAAGUUGUGCUUUUGCAAGCCAGAGUACUCCUACAACCUGGAGGAACAUCAAAGACUUGUUUCUUUCUUUCAUUCUGUCAUGAACAGUUUUCAAAUCACCAAGUUGUAUUAUAAUUGCGUGAUUCCAUUGAUAUGUUUUGCGUUUCUAUAUAUGAUUAAAGAAGGUUAGGCUGCCUUUUCUCUAAGAUCGCCUUUAGUGUCUCCCAGGGUUUCUACGACUGAGCAAUCAACUCUGAGGAAUCCAUGCUCAAGCAUUCUGUGUAAAAGGCUUACUGUAAUUUGACAAUUGUAAGAUAUUUGGUAAUUUCAUAACUGAAAAUUGUAAAAGUUUUUGUAAUGCAUUUUUCAGGGAAUUUUCACAUAUAAGAGUUAUGACUGUUUCUCUCAAAAAAAUUGAUGGUUCAGUUCAGAACCAAAGUGAUUUCUAAAUGCACUAGGCCAAAGUAUUAAUUUAUUCCCAUGUGCAGAUCUAAGAAUUAGAGUAUGGGAAAAUAAAUAAAAAUUAGUAAAAUU